AUGAAUUUCUCGGGGAUCUUAUUUGUGUUCUUUUUUCUAUACACCUUUCUGUCUCCAGCUCUGAGCUAUGAUCCCGGGUCGGGUCUCAAGUCACUCGCUCGCGGGAUGCUCGAUUCAGCGAAGGAACCAGAGUUCUUCGAAUGGAUGAGAGGAAUUAGGAGGAGGAUCCACGAGAACCCAGAAACGGGGUUUCAGGAGUUCAAAACGAGUCAACUCAUUCGAGACGAGCUUGACUUGCUCGGAGUGAAGUAUAAGUGGCCUGUCGCGAAGACUGGCGUCGUGGCUUGGAUCGGAUCCGGUUCGAAACCCGUUUUCGGACUCAGAGCUGACACGGACGCGCUUCCGUUACAGGAAUUAGUGGAAUGGGAAGCGAAGAGCAAAGUAGAUGGAAAGAUGCAUGCUUGUGGUCAUGAUACUCAUGUUGCUAUGCUUCUUGGAGCUGCUAAGCUUCUUCAAUCCAGAAAACACCAAAUCAAGGGGACAGUGAAGCUUGUGUUUCAACCAGGCGAGGAAGGCUAUGGAGGUGCCUAUGAAAUGCUAAAAGAUGAGAUCCUAGACGACUUAGACGCAAUCCUCAGCGUACACGUCUUUCCAUCGAUCCCAUCCGGUGGUAUUGGUGCAAGGCCUGGUACGGUUCUUGCAGGUGCAGGACUGUUUACAGUCACAGUUCACGGACAAGGCAGCCACGCCGCUACACCACACUUGUCCAAAGACCCUGUUCUUGCAGCUUCUUCCGCUGUCGUUGCCUUGCAACAGAUUGUUUCCCGGGAAAUGGACCCGCUUGAAGCUGGUGUGGUUACGGUUGGAUACAUCAAAGGAGGUCAUGCUCAAAACGUGAUACCGCAGUCUGCUGAAUUCGGAGGAACUUUCAGAAGCUUAAGCAACGAUGGUCUUCUGUUUAUCCAGAGACGAAUCAAAGAGAUUUCGGAGGCACAAGCAUCUGUAUACCAAUGCAAAGCAGAAGUAAGUUUCGAAAAGAAAGAACAAGAAAAGCCUUCGCUUCACCCGGUGAUGAAGAACGACGAAGGGUUAUAUGAGCACGGGAAAGAAGUAGCGGAAGCGAUGAUCGGAAAGAACAACUUCCAUGAUUUUCCGGUGACUAUGGGAGCUGAGGAUUUCAGCUUCUUCACUCAGAGGACCAAAGCUGCUAUCUUCGUGCUCGGUAUCAAGAAUGAGACGGUAGGUGCUGGUGAGCCGCUUCAUUCGCCUUACUUCUUUGUCGAUGAAGAAGCUCUUCCUGUUGGAGCUGCUCUUCACGCUGCCAUGGCAGUCUCUUAUUUGGAUAAACAUGGUCAUGACCAUGAUGACCAUGAGCUUAAAACUGAGUUAUAG